AUGUCUACAAUUCUGUACAAUGCUAACUCGAAAUUGGUGUCGAGGUUUCACCGCAAAGUGAAGCUGAGAAACGAACUGAACGUUGAUUUUAGUGAUGAGCCAAGCUUCAAGUCAUCUCAUCCAAAAAACUCUCCCGAAUAUCUACGCGAGCUGUGCAAAUCAGUAUACCCAGAAUCUUUGCACUCGAAUUUUACUGACAUGGCCAUCUCGAGACUUUCAGUCCAUGCGUUCUUUGCCUUGAUCGUUCAGAAUUUUGUUAAGACUUGGUUCGGCACGAAAAUCCCAUCAACAGACCCGGAGUUCUUGUGUGAGCUUUUUGCAAUUGUCCAGCGAUUGGUGGUCCACGUUGAGAAUUACGAAGUAAGCUGGGAGCAGCUAAUUCUCGAUGACUUGCCACUCGUUGUGUUCGAACACUUCCAAGCGCUAAAAACAAAUGGGCUGGUGUACAGUCGAGAAAACAGUUCUUCUGCGACGGCGGACUACAUUUGUUCUCUUUUGAGAAGUGAAUCGACGCUAGAAGCUGUCUUUGUUAGAUCCCUCUACGUGAAUUUACUAUGUGGUAAAAUACUUCAUAGCAUUGCAGAGCCCUACCUGACGCUAGAAAUACUAAAUAAGGUGGCACGCUCCAAACUGGAAAAUCUGCAUUCUGAACCGAGCUCCAUUUUCGAGAAGAUCAGCUCAACAAUCACAGUCGUUCGCUCGGCACUUAAGUUCCAUCGUCAAGGUCCACAACAGCUCUGGCGUCCUUUUACACACCGAUACUUUUUUACAUGUGCUAGGAGACUUAUCCGGUUUGAGCAGCGCAGGCCGUUCUUAUACUGUCUUUGCAAAUACACUGAGGCGGCCGCUGCAAAAAUACCAGGUUUCGACAGAUUCAUGUAUCGUCUAUUCCAGACAAAUGUUGCAGACAAACUCUCAUCUGGUCCGCAGGUUGCCCAUAUUUUUGUAGCCUUGCGUCAAUUGGUUUUCCCGAGAGAUACGGUGACAGGGCCGCCUAGGCCGGUUUUCGACGACCACAAGAAAAAGCUCUUGCGCGAAGAAUGCGAGCAAAACUUCUACCAGCUUCUGGCGUCCUACAAAAUAGAAUCCAUUGUGGGACUGACGGUCACAGACGUGAAAAAUUUCGUGAGUACUAUAAGCGCAGACCAGUGCGCCAACGCUCAAUUGCUGGAACGCUUAGUGGCUUGUGUGAUAGCGCAUAUUGCUUAG